GCUGCAUUGACACAGUUCUAUCUUUACCUUCAUGAUGUUUCACUUGGUCAAAAAUGCACUAAGAUGUCUCCAAGUUCUAAGCAUUCAGCAAACAAUGGCAAGGCAGAGCCACCAGAAACGUACCCCUGAUUUUUAUGACAAAUAUGAUAAUGCUGUGUUAGCUAGUGAAGCCACUUUCUGUAUGGCUCUAUGGACAUAUAGAGCAACACAAAUCAGAAUAGAAAGGAACCUCUCCUCUGUUGGCAGAAUCACCCCAAAGGAAUGGAGAGAUCAGUAA